AUGGCUCUUUCAUGGACAGCAGGAGCUUCGACACUGUUGGCAGCAUUGGGUCUUCUUAGCUGCUGUGGUUUUGGAUGGUGUGAGGCCUCAAGGACUAGUGGUUCAACCUCAGGAGGGAAAAUACAGGAGCAAGGACCCUCGUCACUUGAACGAGUUAAGAGGGGAUGGGUGUGGAACCAGUUCUUUGUGGUGGAGGAGUACACUGGCACAGAGCCACUCUACGUUGGAAAGAUCCACACAGACUCGGACGAAGGGGAGGGUAACAUCAAGUACACUAUCUCUGGAGAAGGGGCAGGCUCCAUCUUCAUCAUCGAUGAGCUAACGGGAGACAUCCAUGCCACAGAGAGACUAGACCGCGAAGAGAAGGCUUUUUACACACUUCGGGCUCAGGCUCGGGACCGGCUCUCCAAUGACCCUCUGGAACCAGAAUCAGAGUUUGUCAUCAAGGUCCAGGACAUAAACGACAGCGAGCCCAAGUUUCUGGAGGGCCCCUAUAUCGGCAGUGUCGCAGAGCUGUCACCCAUAGGAACAUCCGUCAUGAAGGUUACUGCAUCAGAUGCUGAUGACCCGACAUACGGCAGCAGUGCCAGAGUGGUGUACAGCGUACUGGAUGGAGAAAAGUUUUUCACUGUUGAUAGACACACAGGGAUCAUCAUGACAGCAGUGGCAGAUUUGGACCGUGAGACGCAGGAUCGUUAUGAGUUGGUCGUCAAGGCAACAGACAUGGCAGGACAAAUGGGCGGCCUCUCCGGCUCCACCACGGUGACCAUAGUGAUCACGGACGUUAAUGACAACCCGCCGCGCUUCCCACAGAAGAUGUAUCAGUUUUCUGUGUCAGAGGGGGCGGCUAUUGGGACACCAGUUGGACGCGUCAUUGCCACGGAUGCAGACAUGGGAGAGAACACAGACAUGAGCUAUCUGAUCAAAGAGGGAGGGGAGCUCUUCAAGGUCACUACUGAUGUGGAGACACAGGAAGCUGUUGUCUCCAUCAAGAAGCCACUGGAUUUUGAGAGCAAGCGCACACACAAUGUUGUGGUGGAGGCAGUAAAUAAGCACGUUGACCCUCGCUUCGUGGACCUGGGCUCCUUCCGAGACCAGACCAUUGUCCGGGUCAGCGUCUCAGACAUAGAUGAGCCGCCCAUCUUUCAGCCAGCAGAGGGUGCUAUCAUGGAAGUGCAGGAAGAUGCCAAAGUAGGAGCGCUGGUUGGCAUCGUCACUGCCAGAGAUCCAGAUGUGAAGAAUAAACCUGUCAGGUUCUCCAUCGAUCGGACCACAGACCAGGAGAUGAUUUUCCAUAUUGAUCCCGAUUCGGGAGCCAUCACUCUGGGCAAGAUUUUGGACCGAGAGACUGCAGGCUGGCACAACAUCACUGUGAAGGCUGUAGAAGCAGAUAACCAUACCAUGGCUUCCCACUCAGCAGUGAGCAUUCGGAUUCUGGAUGUAAAUGACAAUCCUCCUGAACUGGCCACACCAUACGAAGCUUCCAUAUGUGAAGAUGCCAAGCCAGGCCAGCUAAUUCACACCAUCAGUGUGGUGGAUAGAGAUGAGCCACAAUCUGGACAUCGUUUCUACUUCACCCUGGCUCCUGAGGCCUCCAGCAAUCGACACUUCACCCUGUGGGAUGUUAAAGACAACACAGCUGGCAUCCGGACCCAGCGGUCAGGCUUUAACCGCCAUGAGCAGAAUGUGUACUUCCUGCCCAUCCUGGUGGUUGACAGCGGGCCUCCCUCUCUCAGCUCCACAGGCACCCUGACCAUACAUGUCUGCGGCUGUGACACAGAGGGAGCCAUCCAGUCCUGCAAUGCCACAGCCUAUGUAAUGAGUGCUGCUCUCAGCCCUGGGGCACUCAUAGCACUACUGGUCUGCAUGCUCAUCCUUAUAGUGCUUGUCUUGCUGAUCCUGACCCUGAAACGCCACAGGAAGGGCCAGAGGAUGGCAGAGGACGAGGAGGACAUGAGGGAUAACGUCAUCAAGUACAACGACGAGGGCGGAGGGGAGCAGGACACUCAGGCAUACGACAUGAGCGCCCUGAGGAACCUCUAUGACUUCCCAGAGGCCAAGAGCUGUGACUCUGGCCCGGACAUCCGCUCACUGCCACAGUGGAUACAGGCAAACCGAGUGGGUGGUGGUGCAGAGGGAGCUGCAGCGGCGGCGACAGAUUUCUCCCUGUUCAAAGGCUACAUCCGAAAGAAGGUGGAGCAGGCUGAUGCUGACCUGUCGGUCCCGCCGUAUGACUCCUUCCAGACGUACGCCUUUGAGGGCACCAGUUCACCAGCACUCUCACUCAGCUCCAUUCACACGCUGUCCACCACCUCAGAGCAGGAUUUCUCCUACCUCAGCGACUGGGGACCACGUUUCAGGCAACUGGCGGGCUACUAUGCUCCAGGAAAUCCGGAGGAGGAAGGGUCCUAG